CAAAAGUCCUUUUUCAGUUGGAGAAGAAAGUGGUGAAAUGAGGGAACUGGACGAUGCAGGAAUAUACCUAACUGAUGUGCCCGAGUCAUGAGCUGCUGUCCACGACACCAGUAUCCUGCCUCAGCCUCCCAUGUACUGGUAUUUCCGGCAUGAGUCGGCCAAGCUGGCUUGGGGAGAUGACAGCAUGGUUUGAAGAGGAGCAAGUGUCUCCUUCAUUAGGGAAUCUGGUAGAGCCUUGCCCACUGUAUGUUCUGUGGAGAAGAGCAGGGGACACCUAGAAAGAGGCGUCUGGCUUGAGGCCCGAGAAGACUGGUUGACGCUGCCAACUCUCCUAUGAGUGCCCAGCAGUGUCCCCCCAGAUCACAUGCCAUGGAUGGGCAACUGUAUGUUCUUUACCAGCCUGAAGCCCAGCUUCACACAGGUCCCCGACCGGAAAUCAUCCAAGUGCCUCUGACGCUGCGCCGGCCGACAACAUUCAUCAAUAUGUCCCAUACUCCUGUGACUUUGAGGCCUCUACUGACCCUUUCUUUCCCAUGGGAUCCCAGACAGCCCAUGACUAUACCUUGCCUGAUCUCUAAUGUGAUCGUGCAGCCCAGUGCCAGCACUGCCCCUCCUGUUCUGCUGGCACAGGUCCUGGCCUCCAACACCUCUUCCCAGCAACCUGGCACUUCUAACCAGGCUCCUGUCAUCCGCGCCGAGAGCAACAACAUGUCCAACCAGAUCUCUGAAGUCUACACCCAGGGCCCAGGAGCCUCCAACCAGGGCAGCUUGUCUGCUGAGGAAGACAAGCAGAGGCAGAAGGUCAUGGAUGCUGCAGAGGCUCUCCUGAUCCUGCAUAACUCCCCUCAGGCACUGCAAGAGACUUGCAGCACCCCAGGUCCUGAUGGACAGUAAAGAGUGAAGCUGUUCUGCCUCUCCCUGUCACCUCAGCCUGCGUCCACGAUCUGCUUCACUGAGUGACAACUGGUUAUCUGGGUCGCACCCCACUGUCACUAAGAGAGCCAGAGAGGCGGCCUCGGCGAGGACAGCCUGCUGUAUUUCUGUUUCUUAACUGGUAGUGUAGUUCCUGCCCCAAAUCAGAUAUUCCUCGUUAAGGCUUUUGCGUUUUAGGGCCUUCAAAACCUUAGUGUGAGGUAGGAAAAGGUUUUAAGUGUGGCUCUGUGUUCUCGACCUUGCAUUACUAUUUUUCUUGGAUCUUUCUGUGUGUCAUUAGUGCUGCACCAUGCAGAAUAUGAAGAACUGUCUGUUCACAAGGUUCUGAGCUUAUUCCUAAAUCAGUGUUUCUUUUCUUCUCUAUAUUUUAUUUUCUUUUGUCUCGUCACGGAUUGCAUACUUGGCUAUUCUUGUGUGCAGCCGUGCCUUUAGAGACAUCAGGAUGCUCGCCCAUGCCUAGGAAUCCAUACAUGAUCCCCAAUAAAGCAUCCCUCUUGUAAAGCA